ACGGGAUUGUUCCAGUACCAAAGCCACCACGACACAUCUCAUAUUACCAACAACAGCUCCAGCCAAACCUCCAGGAUGAGUUUGGGUGUGCUCAGGAGGGGUGGACCCAGAACAAAGAUGGCCGACCUCUGGAUGACAUCUACACACAUCUGUACAUCAGAGCUACUGGUGACGUCCACAUCAACACACAGCAUGAGGUCAUGCAGCUUGAAGCGGUGAAGCCAGCCGAUACAGAGACAACCAUUACACCUUGUGACAUGUUCAAACACCCCUCUAUAGAAGACAAAGCCAUAAGGACAGUCCUGACCAAUGGAAUCGCAGGAAUUGGAAAAACCUUUCUUGUGAACAAGUUUGUGUUGGACUGGUGUAAAGGAGAAACCAAUCAAGAUGUGCAUCUCAUUUUCCCCUUCACCUUCCGCCAGCUGAAUUUAAAGAAGGAGGACAAGUGGUGUUUGACAGAGCUCAUUCAUGAAUGUAUCUGGGGGACCAGAGACAUCAAAGAAGAAGCUCUCAAUUACAUCUUUACAGCUCUGCAGUCAUCAGGAAACACCAACUUUGACAGGAGUGAAUUCAAACUUCUGUUUGUUCUGGACGGACUGGAUGAGAGCCGCCUUGAUCUGGACUGCUCCACCAAUAAAAACAGGGCAGUUAAAAUUGAUGUGACAGCGCCGACCUCAGUGGACGAGCUGCUGACGAACCUCAUCACGAAGAAACUGCUUCCCUCUGCUCGCAUCUGGAUAACCACACGACCUGCAGCAGCCAAUCAGAUCCAUUCUGAUUUUGUAGACAUGAUGACAGAGGUCAGAGGGUUCACUGACCCACAGAAGGAGGAGUACUUUAGAAAGAGAUUCAGAGAUCAGGAGCGGGCCGACAGAAUCAUCUCCCACAUCAAGACAUCACGGAGCCUCCACAUCAUGUGCCACAUCCCAGUCUUCUGCUGGAUCACUGCUACAGUUCUGGAGGAGGUGAUGAAGACCAGAGAGGGAGGAGAGCUGCCCAAGACCCUGACUGAGAUGUACGCAGAAUUCCUGGUGUAUCAGAUUCAUCAGACAAAAGAGAAGUUUCACCCAGAAGAGUACAUUCAGUGUAUUGAGUCGUUAGCAAAACUGGCUUACCAUCAGUUGGAAAAGGGCAACCCGAUCUUCUACGAGAAAGAUCUCAAAGAGAGUGGCAUUGACGUCAGUGGAGCCUCGGUGUGUUCAGGAGUGUUCACAGAGAUCUUCAAAGAGCAACGUGGGAAGAAGAAGGAUAAAAAAAAGAUGUUUAACUUCAUCCAUCUGAGUGUUCAGGAGUUUCUGGCUGCUCUCCAUGUAGAGAGGGCAGUCAUUAACAGAAACAAGAACGUGAUGUUUGGGCAAAGUCUGGUUCAACAAAUGCAAACGGUUUUCAGCAAAAAAUCGGUGAUGUUUAAGGUCCACAGGUUUGCUAUUGACAAGGCCUUACAGAGUCCAAACGGACACCUGGACCUGUUCCUCCGAUUCCUCCUGGGUCUUUCACUAGAGACUAAUCAGAUUGUUCUGGAAGACCUGCUGAAACCGACAGGAACUAGCCCAGAAACCAAUCAGGAAACAGUGGAGUACAUCAAGAUGAAGAUCAGUGAGAAUCUGUCUGCAGAGAGAAGCAUCAAUCUGUUCCACUGUCUGAAUGAACUGAAUGAUGGUUCUCUAGUGGAGGAGAUCCAACAGGCCCUGAGUUCAGGAAGUCUCUCCACAGAUGAACUGUCUCCUGCUCAGUGGUCAGCUCUGGUCUUCAUCUUACGGUCAUCAGGAAACAAUCUGGACGUGUUUGACCUGAAGAAAUACUCUGCUUCAGAGGAGGCUCUUCUGAGGCUGCUGCCAGUGGUCAAAGCCUCCAUCAAAGCUCUGCUGAGUGGCUGUAACCUGUCAAAGAGAAGUUGUGAAGAUCUGUCCUCAGUUCUCAGCUCAGAGUCCUCUAGUCUGAGAGAGCUGGACCUGAGUAACAACAACCUGCAGGAUUCAGGAGUGAAGCUGCUCUCUGUUGGACUGAAGAGUCCACACUGCACUCUGGAGACUCUCAGGCUGAGUGUCUGUAACCUGUCAGAGAGAAGUUGUGAAGAUCUGUCCUCAGUUCUCAGCUCAGAGUCCUCUGGUCUGAGAGAGCUGGACCUGAGUAACAACAACCUGCAGGAUUCAGGAGUGGAGCUGCUCUCUGCUGGACUGGAGAGUCCACACUGUAAACUGGAGACACUCAGGCUGAGUGGCUGUAACCUGUCAGAGAGAAGUUGUGAAGAUCUGUCCUCAGUUCUCAGCUCAGAGUCCUCUAGUCUGAGAGAGCUGGACCUGAGUAACAACAACCUGCAGGAAUCAGGAGUGGAGCUGCUCUCUGUUGGACUGCAGGGUCCACACUGUAAACUGGAGACUCUCAGGCUGAGUGGCUGUAACCUGUCAGAGAUAAGUUGUGAAGAUCUGUCCCCAGUUCUCAGCUCAGAGUCCUCUAGUCUGAGAGAGCUGGACCUGAGUAACAACAACCUGCAGGAUUCAGGAGUGGAGCUGCUCUCUGCUGGACUGGAGAGUCCACACUGUAAACUGGAGACUCUCAGCCUGUCAGGCUGUCUGAUCACAGAGGAAGGCUGUACUUCUCUGGCCUCCAACCCCUCCCAUCUGAGAGUGCUGGACCUGACCUACAAUCAUCCAGGAAACUCUGGAGUGGAGCUACUGUCUGCUAGACUGGAGGAUCCACACUGGAGACUGGACACUCUCAGGCUGGAACCUGGUGGAGAGCAGUGGCUGAAACCUGGUCUGAGGAAGUAUUCCUGUGAACUCUCCCUGGACCAGAACACGAUGAACAGGAAACUCAAACUGUCUGACAACAACAGGACGGUGACAUGUGUGAUUGAGGAUCAGCCGUAUCCUGAUCAUCCAGAGAGGUUUGAGUCCUGGUAUCAGCUGCUGUGUAGAGAGGGUCUGACUGGUCGCUGUUACUGGGAGAUCCAGACCAAAGGAUGGGUUUACAUAUCAGUGAGUUACAGAGGAAUCAGCAGGAGAGGAAACCGAGAUGAAUGUUGGUUUGGACGUAAUGAUCAGUCCUGGAGUCUGUUCUGCUAUUAUGGUCGUUUCUCUGUCUGGCACAAUAACAGAGAAACAGUCCUCCCUGAGUCCUCCUCUUUCUCUGGUAGAGUAGCAGUGUAUGUGGACUGUCCUGCUGGCUCUCUGUCCUUCUACACAGUCUCCUCUGACUCACUGAUCCACCUCCACACCUUCAACACCACAUUCACUGAACCUCUCUAUCCUGGGUUUGGGUUUGCGUUUGGUUCCUCAGUGUCUCUGUGUUCUAUGUAGGGUCUAGGGUUAGGU